GUGGGCUCGAGUGUUUCGCUGAGCAGAGCCGAACCAGACCGAGCCGAGACAGCCACACUUUGGAGACGGGGAAGAAGAAGAGCGGCUGUGAGCUCGCAUAAGAGAUCCUUCAUAUUCAGUUCGUAUUUAAAGCCUCCAAAACUAUUUUAUUUAUUUUUAAUAUUUCAGCUGACUGCUGAAGACUCCGAUUCCUUUUUUUUCCCGUGUGUGGUGGUGGUUGUUUUUUUCUUUUCCAUUUGUUUGCACGAGAGUGGACCUGCAACACUUCAAAUCAGCAGUGCAAUCUUUAAACAAGUAAAACUCCAAUAAAAGAAGAAAUGGAGAAAUCAAUAAGCUUCUCAUCGGACCGAAACAUCCUCUGCCUGUUUGACGUGGACGGCACCUUGACACCACCGAGGGAGAAAAUUGACCCACAGCUAGAUGAGUUCUUCCAGACUCUGAGGAGGAAAGUGAAGAUCGGCGUUGUGGGAGGGUCAGACUACUCCAAGAUAGCAGAGCAGCUCGGGGAGGGAGAUGAUGUGAUACACAAGUUUGACUAUGUAUUUGCUGAGAACGGGACAGUGCAGUACAAAGAUGGGAAACUCCUUUCAAAACAUGCUAUUCAGAACCAGAUUGGGGAGGAGCUUCUGCAGGACCUGAUCAACUUCUGCCUCAGCUACAUGGGGCUCAUCAAGCUGCCAAAGAAAAGGGGGACAUUCAUUGAGUUCAGGAAUGGGAUGCUCAACAUUUCUCCCAUUGGUCGGAGCUGCACACCAGAGGAGCGAAUCGAAUUCUCUGAAAUUGACAAGAGAGAGAAGAUCAGGGAGAAAUUUGUUGCUGCCCUGAAAGAGGAGUUUGCUGGAAAGGGACUACGGUUUACUAAAGGAGGUCUCAUCAGCUUUGACAUUUUUCCAGACGGCUGGGACAAGAGACUGUGUCUAGAGCUGCUGGAGAGUGAAGGACUGGACGCCAUCUACUUCUUUGGGAAUGAGACCUCAGAUGGAGGAAACGACUAUGAAAUUUUCAACGACCCACGCACCAUCGGUUUCACAGUCUACUGUCCAGAGGACACGGCCAGGCUCUGUCAGGGACUUUUCUUUGAUGCUCAACCGCACGAGUCCUAAUGUAAUGAACUGCCUCCACCCCUGUCCCGUCCCAUUACCCACAAGCCUUUCUGAACUCCCGCCUGUGGGUCUCUGAUGGUGCAACAACCACUUUUUAAGAACUCCUAAAAGGUACCACCACUAAUUUUCUCCAUUUUAUUAGUGGGGUGAUUUGAAUAACUUUUUUCAAUAAAUUCCACAGGUUUUUUUUUUUUUUUAAAGGGACAGUUACUGAGUGUUACAUGUUGACUAGUGUUCAAGUGAAGUUUUAAUACCGUGCCACAGUGCUACGAUGUGUAGCUUAUAACAUAAAGUUAACCAAAAUACUUUGACAGAUUAUGAAACGAAAGUUAAUACUCCAGAUUACUUUAUACGUAUAUGUAUCUAUAGUUUUUGCACUAAUCUUGGGAUAAUUUUAUACCAGUAGUUGGUAUAGUCUUGUUUAAUACUGCUGAAAGAGACAAAUAAGAGUGAGAGAGAGUGAUAUUAAAAGAGGGGACUUUUGGUUGUUGUUUUGUGAGUCCAUUUUGAAAAUGAGAUAUGAAUGAAGCGUUACAGAAGAUAGGGACCUUUCCUCCUCUACAGUUGAGGAUAUAUGAAUCAUUCCGUGUAUUUUAACAACUCUACAGUGCUCUGAACUGGAUGUAUUUUAUUGAUGGUUGACUGUGUGAUCCUCUGAAUGUCAAAUGUUUGUUUUAAGUCAAGUCGAGUCAAUUUUUUUUAUAUAGCGCUAAAUCAUACCAGAAGUUAUCUCAGGGG